UGUUGCUUAUAAGUCUAGUUGUGAGGAUUUCUUUUUUAUUGAUGUGUGAUCCAUACUGAAGGUUGUAGUCUUUGAUCUUCAUCAGUAAGUGUUUCAAGUUCUCUUCACUUUCAGCAAUCAAGAUUGAGUCAUCUGUGUAUCGCAGGUUGUUAGUGAGUCUUCCUCCAGUCCUGAUGCCAUGUUCUUCCUCAUAUAGUCCAAUUUCUUGAAUUAUCUGCUCAGCAUGCAGAUUGAAUAAGUGUGGUGAAAAGAUACAACCCUGACACAUAUCUUUUCUGAUUUUAAACCACACAGUACCACAUUCUUCUGUUCGAAUAACUGCCUCUUGGUCUAUGUACAGGGUCUACAGGAGCAUAACUAAAUGUUCUGGAAUUUCCAUUCAUUGCAAAGUCACCCAUAAUUUGUUAUGGAGAUGUUUAUUAUGGAAUUAUUGUGGAGAUGUUUAGAGGGGACAAAUCAAAAACCAAGGUCUAGAUAUUUUAUUCUAAGUGAAUUCAGAAGCUACCUAAAGUCUAUGUACAACAGAAGGAAAUGAUCUGAUUUUCUUUGUUUAAAGCGUCACUUGGGCUCUGGCAUGGAGGGCAGUCUGUUGUGAGGUCAGAAUGGAAGCCAAUUAAGACACUAUCACAGUGGUCCAUGGGAAAAAAUGAUGACUCGAACUAGGGUGGAGGCAGUGUAGCUAGGAGAAGCUUAACCAAAGUUUUGUUAACAAGCAUUUCAUUUCUGAUUGAUCGGUGGGAACAAGCAGUUCAUAAGCUCAGUUAAGUAAUUAUGAGGUGAAGAUGUGAAUUUGGAGGAUCUGUGUCUGACCUUGUCAUAGAUCCACAAGAGAGCAUCAAAGAGUUGUAUCUAAGUCAUAUGAAGAAGGAUUGUUACCUGCAUUGAGCCAUUUUCCUGAACACAAAAGGCAAAGGGAUUUCUUGAACCGUGGCUGUUUUCCAGGAUAACAGGAUUCAGGUAAAAUUUAACAUUGUCAGGUGAUAUAUACAUAUGUAUUCUACUAAGAGUAACUCUAAUAUAAAUACCUCUACAGCACUGUACUUGAAGAGCUUAUCAGUUCUGACCAAAAGUUUACUUGAGCCCUUAGUGAAAAUGUGAAUGAGAACAAAAAAGCGAGCUAGGAAAUCUCUCAGCGUUGAAUGAAAACAGUAGCAAUUGAUAUUUAAUUCUUUAUUUUCUUUCCCAAGGUGUUUCAAAUGUAAAUCUGGGUCCCCAUCUGUCUUUACACUGUUAUUCAGUAUUUGCUGGUCUUUUACAGCUCACAGACACAUGAAAAUCUUCAACACCCUCAACAACUCCAACACCAUUGAUGGCUUCAUCCUCCUGGGCUUCACUUGCUCCAGGGAGGGUCAGAUCCUCCUCUUUGUGCUCUUCUCUAUUCUCUACCUCCUGACCCUCAUGGGGAACGGUUCCAUCAUCUGUGCUGUGCGCUGGGAUCAGAGACUCCACACACCCAUGUACAUCCUACUUGCCAACUUCUCCUUCCUGGAGAUCUGCUAUGUCACCUCCAGUAUCCCCAAAAUGUUGGCCAAUUUCCUCUCUAAGACCAAAGUCAUCUCCUUCUCUGGGUGCUUUCUCCAAUUCUACUUUUUCUUCUCCCUGGGUUGUACAGAAGGCUUUUUCUUGACGGUUAUGGCAUUUGAUCGAUACCUUGCAAUCUGCCGGCCUCUUCACUAUUCAACCAUUAUGACUGGACGUCUCUGCAUCAAUCUUGUGGUCAGUUGCUGGAUAUUUGCUUUCCUCUGGUUCUUGAUUCCUGUUAUCAUCAUUUCCCAAAUGUCCUUUUGUGGAUCCAGGAUUAUUGACCACUUCCUAUGUGACCCGGGUCCCCUUCUAGCACUCACUUGCAAAAGAAUUCCUGUGAUGGAGCUUCUCUUCUCCACCUUAAAUCCUCUCCUCAUUAUUAUUCUCUUUUUCUUCAUGAUGGGAUCCUACACUCUGGUCCUAAGAGCUGUACUAAGAGUCCCCUCAGCAGCUGGAAAAAGAAAAGCCUUCUCUAUCUGUGGGUCUCAUCUGGCUAUGGUUUCACUUUUCUAUGGCUCAGUACUGGUCAUGUAUGGGAGUCUAUCAUCUCAGCAAGAAGAAGGAAUGCAGAAAAUUGUGACGCUAUUUUAUUCUGUCUUGACCCCACUCCUUAACCCUGUGAUAUACAGUCUUAGGAACAAAGAUAUGAAAAGAGCCCUGCAGAAAUUUCUGGGAAUACAAAAAACAGUGUUAAUCAAGAAGACCCUUGAGCAAUAUUAA